ACCCAAGAGUAGGGUAUCAAAGUCAAAAUAUCAAAAAAUUAUUUGAGGGCGCACGGUACGGACGUAUUGACGGACGCCCGCUGUGUUGAGGCCAACUACAAUACUCGAUACUCGUUUUUUUUCUCUCGCCUCGUUCGGACGGCUCUCUGGCGUCUGGGAAAAGUGAACUUAAUAAAAUAAAUAAUUUUGAAAAAGUUAAUGCGAAUGCUGAUGCAUGUAUUGGAUUACGGGACGGUCGCGAACGGCGAUCACAUCGUUAACGGCCGAGGAGGCACCCACGGACGCUGCUGAUCGAGUGCAAACCGAAUUGUAAAAUCGCCAGUGUGUUUUGCUCAAAAAAAAAGAAAUAAAUAAAAAUAAGGCUGAAAACUAGCUGGCAGCCGGCGUUAAUUAGCUUCAAUUGGGCGAGAAAGGAGCCAAACAGCAAUAAUAACAACAGUGAACGAAAUGCGAAGAAGAAGAAGCGGUGAUCGCGUGUAUGUGUAAUCGAGUGUCUAUCUGUAUGUGUGCUCGAAUGGAAUGCAGUUACGAAAAAAGUAAAUAAAUAAUUGAGAGCGCGCACAGGGUAGCCCCUCCGCCCACCCUCGCCAGCCACAAUAUCAGCUGCCCCCUCCUCACACUCCUUCUUCCAUCAUUUGGGCUAUCUCCCAUUAUCUCUGCGCUCUUGUGUUCCGACGUGAGUGUAUGUGUGCUUGUGUGUGAGUGUUUGUGUGUGUGUGAAAGAAAUGCCUCGGCUAAUGUAAACAGCGCAAAGAGAAACCCCCAAAUGAAAAAGUAAAGAGCAAAAGAAAAAGCGCGCAUCUCAGACUUACAAAAAAAAAAAAAUCAAAAUAAAAAUAAAAAAUUAAAUAAAAUUACACACGGAAAAAAAAAAUGCCGAAUCAAUCGCAACACCACCUGCAGCCGCAUCCCCAUCACCUGAGGCCCCAGCAGCAGCAGCAGCAGCAACAACAACAGCAACAGCAGCAACACCAUCGUCAGCAGCAGCAGCAGAACCACAGCGAUUUUCCACUGCCGGAUGGCUGGGACAUUGCCAAGGACUUUGAUGGCAAGACCUACUACAUAGAUCACAUCAACAAAAAGACCACAUGGCUGGAUCCCAGAGACUGUUACACAAAACCGCAAACGUUCGAGGACUGUGUGGGCGAUGAACUGCCCAUGGGCUGGGAGGAAUCCUACGAUCCGAACAUCGGCCUCUACUACAUCAACCAUCUGGCCCAGAGCACCCAGCUGGAGGAUCCGCGCCAGGAGUGGAAGAGCGUCCAGGAGCAGAUGCUGAGUGACUACCUGUCCGCGGCCCAGGACCAGCUGGAGAACAAGCGCGAGAUGUUCGACGUCAAGCAGCAGCGACUGCUCUGGGCCCAGGAGGAGUACAAUCACCUAAAGCUGGCCGCCAGUCGAAGCAGUUUGUGCUCCUCUUCGAGCUCCAUGAGCCGGCAUGAUCCCGAGCUGCUGAGAGCCGACCUAAUGCUGGCCCGGGAACGAGUCCAUCAACUGAAGCAGGAACUCAACCAUAUCACCAACGACAUAUCCUACACGGAGCGCGGCAUGAACACUCUGUACUCUGUGGGGGAGAAGAUCAACGCCAGGCAGAAUGGAUGCUAUGACAUCGCUGAGGUGCAGGCCAUUCGGGAGGAGAUGCUGAAGGUGCACAAGUCCCUGGUGUCCGGGGAGAAGGUGCGCGAGGAGCUGAUGCGCAGUCUGGUGCAGAUCAAGAACGAGCUGAGCCGCCAGCAGAUCAGCGAGGAGAACUCCGACCUGGCAUCGCCCUUCGACCGGGUGUGCGUGGCCAGCCAGACAGAUCUGUGUGGGUCCACUGGUGACAACCUGAAUGGGGGCGCCCGGUUCGCGGAAAUGGCCAAGACCAAGCUGCAGUACGCCGAGUGGCGGAAGCACAUCAAGAAGCUGCAACAGCAGCUGGCCGAUCAUGUGGAGCGCAUCGAGCCGGGCCAGCUGGAGUCCGACAAGGACCGUAUUCUGCUCAUCCAGGAGAAGGAGAAGCUGCUGAACGACCUGAAUAGCAUCUCCCUGAAGUCGCGCAGCGAGGAGGAGAAGCGGGUGAUCCAGCAGACGCGAAACAAACUGGAGGAGGACCUCAAGGAGGCCUACGAAGCCAACAACACCUGUGUGGCCAAUCGCCUGCGCUUCCACGAGGAGAAGCAGCUCCUGCUGGACAAACUGCAGGAGGCCCUCAAGUCCACCAAGCUACUGGAGGAGCGGCUGAAGUCGUUCUCCUCCGAAAGCACCUUCUCGAUCAGCAGCGGCAGUAGCCUGGGCUCCCUGUCCACCGCCAGCAGCAAGAGUGCUCUCAGCUUCACGGACAUCUACAUAGAUCCCUUUGCCGUCGACUCGCCCAUUGAUGUGGUGGACCUGAGACGGCGCUCGCAGCGAUUGUUCCAGCAACACCAGCGCCUGCAUCCAGUGCAUCCUGGCCUGCAGCAGCAGCAACAGCAGCAGCAGCAAUCCUCGGAGGUGUCCCUGUCGCCGCGCAGCAGCCUGUCAAUGGAAACGCCGCCCGCCUCGCCGAUGAAGUAUAAUCCAGGUGCAGAUCCAACCACUCCAGCCCUCAAAGAGGAGCCAACCUAUGCCAAUGCCCUGCCCGCACCGCCCGCCUACACAGCCCCGCCCCCAGUGCCGGUAUCGGGCGUUCGAGCCCGACCAUACGACCUAGAUUCCACUGUGCUGGAUUGCAUGAUGCUGGAGGCCAAGCUGCAGAAACUGAACCUGGGCACGCCGCUCAACCUGGCCGCAGCGCCAUUGUCUCCGAUAUCGGAGAAGCCGUCGCUGCUGGACCUGCCGCAGGAGAUGCUCAGCAGGUCCUCCUCCACGUCCAACACGCGAUCCGUGUCGGCGGCCGUCAGCAAUGAGUCGGUGGCUGGGGACUCGGGUGUCUUUGAGGCAUCGCGUGCCCAUCUGCCACGCAAGGAACUGGCCCAGGUCCAGAUUGGACUCAAGUAUCUGAAGCUGGAGGGAGUCUUGGUGGUGUCUCUGGAGCGGGCCAACAAUCUCCUGGCGCUCUGGACCGCCUCGGCAGACAAUUCGCAAGUAUACCUACGUGCUGCCUUGCUGCCCAAUUCGCUGACCUCCAUUCGGACAAAGGCGCUGGGCGAUUUCCAGAAGCCCGUCUUCAAUGACACCUUCGCCGUGCCUAUCACGCUGGACAAGCUGCUGACCAAGAGCCUGCAGGUGACGGUAGUCACCAUGACGGGCCAGAAGGAGGAGAUCAUUGGCACAGUUCAGAUCAGCAUGGCGGAAUUCAACCCGGAGGACUCCACCCUAAAGUGGUACAACGUGCUCAGCUCCAAGUUCAUUCCCACCUUUGAAUCCCUGGACCUGCCCUCCACCAGUGCCGCAGCAGCUGCUGUCGCCGUGGCUGCCAGUAGCUCCGCGAGCAACAGCAUUCGGGAGGAAUCUUCGGACGAGUCCACCAUUACCUCCUCGCAGACCUCCACGCUGACGCGCAACCAGGCGCCGCCCAUGGAACUGCAGGCGCAGAUCGCCGAGGAGCAACCAGAGCAGGACGGUAGCGACGAUGACGACGACGACGACGAGGAGGAGGACGACAACAACAAGAAGAUCAUCCGCGAGGUCGCAGUUGGCCUCAUGAACUCAGGCUGCAUGCUGGACACCUACCUGCAGAACAUGAAGCAGGAGUUCGCCGACAAGGAAACGAAUACGGACUGCGCCUUCCUGCCGGAGAAGUCCCGCGGCCAGUCCCAGAUGAUGGAUGACAGGCCGGUGAAGCGAUCCCAGACCUUCACGCCCUCGGCGGCCGUCAGCAAGAAUCGCUACAACUGCCGGCUCAAUCGCAGCGACUCGGAUUCCGCGAUGCAUUGCGGAGUGGCUCCACACACCUUCCAGCGUGGUGCCGCCGAGCGGCGGUCCCUGCGCUUCCACACCAAGGCUCCCAAGUCAGUCACAAAACUGCAUCAUACUCACAUACCACGCACCAGUUUGGACUUGGAGCUGGACCUGCAAGCCCAGCACAGCAAACUGUACUUCCUUAACGAUCAAAUCGCCAAGCUGCAGAACCUCAAAGAAGUUUUGCAGAAGGCCUGCGAGAACAAGGAUCCUCUGAUUGCCGCGUGGGCCAUUGAGAACGAAGAGUUCCAACGCCUGGUGGCUCGGGCCGAUCCCGCCAAGUGUCCUGAGGAGCGUCAACUCCAAAAGCUGCUAAUGAAGACCGCCAAAGAGAUACACAAGCUGCGAAAGACCAAGGUGCCCAAGGGUUGCCCUGAUCUAGUGUCGUUCAAGGAGAAGAUUACUUUCUUCACGCGCAAGGGUAUGUCAGUGCCGGAGUUGCCCAGCGAAUUCACCUUGCCCGAAGCCAAUCCCAUCGAGGAGGAGGAAGAGGAGGAGGAGGAGGACGAGGAUGAGUUCUACAAUGCCGCUGAGACGGCCAUUGCCAUCAAUACGGCCCUGGUGGCGAGCAACAAUCGAAACAAGAAUCUCACCGAUCACCUAAAUCGAGUUUCUAACUAUGCUGCGCCCAAACCACCAACUAUACCAGCCCCUCCAGCAGCUUCUCCAGCAGCUCCAGCCGGCUCCAAUCCUCCUUCAGCAACUCCUUCAACCACUCCGGCUACUCAAGCGACUACCACGGCAGUUCCUGUUCCCGCUGAUGAUAACAAUCCGGAGCAGCAGCGCUACGACUAUGUUGUGGAUCGCACUUAUGGCGUUGAGGUCUAACCGCCUCGUCCGCCGCAGCAUCGCGCGCCCCCCAUCGCUGUACAUUUUUGUAAUUAAUUUAGUAUUUAUUUUCACUAAGCGAAAAGUAUUUAUGUGUAUAAACAACUGAUGUAACAAAUAUCUGUGCCUUAUAGAGAACGUGAGAGAAUGUAGAGGAGAUGCGACCAUGCUAGAAAUGAUAUAAUUAUGCCCUAGACCUAAGCACUAUUUUUAUAAUUAGUUUAAAAACGUAGAGUAGGCAGACCCAACUAGACCCGUGGUCAGUUGUACAAAUUGACCCCCCCCACUGAUGACCAUAUAGGAGCAACUAAGAGAUACAAAACCACCAUGCCCCCCACCCAGAAAUAAUAAUAAUAAUAAUAACAGCACCCCGCCCAAAAAUUCAAAAAGAAAAACGCGCACAUUGUGCGUUCAAUGAGCCCCCUAACUUCAUAUUGAAACCAACUGUAUUUAUAAGACUUGAGAAAUGAAAUGAUACGAAUGUUUAUAAAUAUUUUUAUACACGUCUAGGAAUAAUAAUAAUACCACCUACCGCUUUGACUACCCAAGCCACUCAAGCCCAAGCCACGUACACAAAACAUGAACGAAGUGAAAUAUUUAUUGUAUUUUAUUGAUGGAUGAGCGUAUAUAGCCCUCGAAUCCGAUCGGUUAGAUUAGUUAGCUUGCGUUUUUGUUAAGCUCAAAACGAAUUCUUAUAAUAAUAAUUUUUUUUAUAAAAAAAUCCUAUGAAAUCCUAUACAAAAAAAAAUAUACAAUAAUAAUAAAUGAAUAAACCACAUAAAAAGUGAAUGUACCAUAUUAGAUAAUCGUCGCCUAUUUUAACGUUAAGAGACCCAUGAAAGCCCAAGCCUAGACUAUAGAAGCCCCCAUUGAAAAGCGCAAAAACCUUGUUAUGCUUUCCCAAGCCAACCUGUUGAAACUGUCUUUGCCACGAAGCACUGAAUUUUUAAGAAAAUGAUAUGAAAUUAUCCUCAGCUCUAGUUUAGUAUAGGUUUUGUGCGAAGCUUUUCUGUUGUUUAUGUUUUCACUAAUCCAACCUCCGACCCCAUCUCCCCAAGAAACCCACAAAACUAGAGUUAGUAGAGCGAAGAGUCCCCACGCAUAUUUUUUCAAUACUGUAGUAAUUUUAGUUUUAAUAAAUUAUAUGAAAGUGAACAUGUAUGUAUAUUGUAAUUGUGCAAUAAACAAACAAAAAAAUACUGACAUAACAUUAAA